AUGUCUGUGAAUUCCAAUCCUUAUGCGCCCAAUGUGGCUGACUUGGUGUCCAAUGUGACUAGAUUUCAAAUUAUCGAGUCUACUUUGAGAGAAGGUGAACAAUUUGCCAAUGCUUUCUUCAGUACGGAGAAAAAGAUUGAGAUUGCCAAGGCAUUGGAUGAAUUUGGCAUUGAUUAUAUCGAAUUGACAUCUCCAGUGGCCUCGGAGCAGUCCAGAAAGGACUGCGAAGCUAUCUGUAAGCUUGGGUUGAAAGCCAAAAUUCUAACGCACAUCCGAUGCCAUAUGGACGAUGCAAAAGUUGCUGUGGAGACCGGUGUGGAUGGCGUGGAUGUCGUUAUCGGUACUUCCCAGUUCUUGAGGCAGUAUUCUCACGGUAAGGAUAUGAACUAUAUCGCCAAGAGCGCAGUCGAGGUUAUCGAGUUUGUUAAAUCGAAGGGAUUGGAGAUCAGGUUUUCUUCCGAGGACUCCUUCAGAUCAGAUGUCGUGGACCUGUUAAACAUUUACAAGACCGUCGAUAAAAUCGGUGUCAACCGUGUCGGUAUUGCGGACACUGUUGGAUGCGCCAACCCAAGGCAAGUCUAUGAGCUUGUGAGAUCUUUAAAGUCAGUUGUUUCAUGCGAUAUCGAGUGCCAUUUUCACGACGAUACUGGUUGCGCUAUCGGUAAUGCUUAUUCUGCGUUAGAGGCAGGCGCCAAGUUGAUUGAUACCUGUGUUCUCGGGAUUGGUGAGAGAAACGGUAUUGUGCCUCUUGGUGGGUUGAUGGCAAGAAUGAUCGUGUCGGCACCGGACUAUGUCAAAUCUAAAUACAAUCUGAAGAAGCUACGUGACCUAGAGACAUUAGUGGCCGAAGCGGUUGAAGUCAAUUUACCAUUCAACAAUCCAAUCACCGGUUUCUGUGCCUUCACCCAUAAAGCAGGUAUCCACGCAAAAGCGAUACUGGCAAAUCCCUCCACUUAUGAGAUCUUGAAUCCUGCAGACUUCGGUAUCAGCCGUUACAUUCACUUCGCGAACAGACUAACCGGUUGGAACGCUAUUAAGUCGAGAGUCGAGCAGUUGAAUCUUCAACUGACUGAUGAUCAGAUCAAAGAAGUUACUGCCAAGAUCAAGCAAAUGGGUGAUAUCAGACCUCUAGGGAUUGAUGAUGUGGAUUCCGUCAUCAAAGAUUAUCAUGCAGAGCUCUAA